GCCUCCAACUGGAAAGUCCUUUUACUACUCUCUUCGUUUCUUAUCUGGUCAGUUACAGUCUUUACGCGCCGCGCAAAACAGUCGAAAGAGUCUUCUUCGUUGCUUGUCGAGGGGUCUCCCUCCUACCAAACGCCUCUAAAUGGUCCAGACAUUCCUCCAGUAUAUCAUCGUCCGUGUUCGCAAAUAUCUGACAGAUCAACCUCAAAGUCGUCUUCGCAAGCUCCAAAAGAUCUGAUCAUGAAAGUCGCUCAAAAACAGGAUCAUCGUGUGAAGCAACCCUACGAUGCUUUUCUUGUUUUGGAUGUCGAGGCUACUUGCGAAGAGGGGACCGGCUUUGAGUGGCCUAAUGAAAUCAUAGAGUGGCCUGUCUGCCUCAUGCGCUGGAAAGAUAAAUCAGACCAAGGCAAAGCUUGCCAGUUGGAAAUCGUAGACGAAUUUCGGAGCUUCGUCAAGCCGACAUGGAGACCUCAACUAUCGCAAUUUUGCACGGAUCUUACAGGAAUCACGCAAGUCCUGAAGAUGUUUGCACGUUUUCUGGCUUAUCAUGGAUUAAUCGAUCCAAAGAAUGGGAGACCUAUACAGCGCUUCUGCUGGUGCACCGACGGACCUUUUGACAUAAGGGAUUUUGUCGUGAAGCAAUGUUUCAUAUCAAAAGCGCCUAUGCCAUUGUGGCUCAAAGGGGAUGUUCUUGACGUCAGGAGAGUUGUCUCAGUUUGGGCAGCUGCGUCCGCCAAUCCGGACACUACGACCAAGCAGUUGCAAGCCCUCGGGUUGCCAGAGUUUCAAGGCCGUUUGCACAGCGGUAUUGACGACGCACGGAACAUUGCAUGCGUGAUGACUGAGCUUGCUCGUCGUGCAGUCCGUUUGGAACCCAAGAUAUCCAUCAAUCCAAAUCGUCGUUGGAAUUGGAUGGGAAAGCCUGGAGAGGUUCUCGAGUACACCCUAACGUUCCAACGAUGAAAUGUGAUUGCUUUAGGAGUAUUUGUUACCAAUUAAUAAUUUCUAGCACAAUGAGAGUAGUGAUGUAAAGUUAAAAAUACAUCAAUUUCUAAAAAAGUGUCCAUUCCUCUGCGAGCGAACUCUAAUAGUGCUGCUUCUGUUUAACCAAGCCGUCUGCGCCAGCAAGUACCACUCGCGGCCACAGUUGGAUAAGACGGAACCUUGAUAUACCAGCUAACUUGGUUCCUGAAAA